AUGGAUAAAGUAGUUUGCGAAUGUGGGAAGACUGUCAAGAAUCAGAGCGCCCUGGCCCAGCACAAGCGGGACUCGUCGAAACAUCGACAAAGCGUUGAGUCAACUGGAUCAGGCGAUCAUAGCUUAUCCAGCGACCCAGUUAGUAAUCCGUCGAAUACUGGCACUGCGCCGUCUUCUUCUCGUUAUCCACCGAUCAAAUUCGUGAAAGCCGGAACGUCGAUCAAAGAUAUUAGGAGGAAGUGGAAAGGGGGAAAGUUGACAAAGAGUGGCAGCGGAACCGGUUCGGAAGUGCCACAGUUAAGAUUUACCGAGUACGGGAAGCCAUACGUGUCGAGCCUGGACGAUGAAGACUGGAGUCUCUGUGAUAAAGACUGUGGCUGGUGCGGUCAUUGCGCUGAUGGCGUGGACUUCUGA